ACUCGAUCAAGUAAAGUAACGAUUUUUAAUUCUUUUUUAAUAUCCUGUUAAUUUUUCAUCUGAUUUCUGGAUAGAAUGCUAUAGUGGGGUCUAUUUGUGGUACACAACUCUUAUAUUUAUCAAACUCCUCCAACCAGUCCCUUCUCUUUUAUUCACAAAAACCAUUUCCAAAAGAGAAAAUACAAAAUCCCCCAACAACUUAUUUAAAAUACAAACAAAUCCAAAAUAACAUGUCUACUACGCCGAAGCUUCCAUUGGAUGCCAUCAAUGGGUACGAAAAGCAAUUGAAUAGUAUAUUGAAUGGCAAAUUUUGUGAUCAAUCAAUUUUAUUGGGGUUAAUCAAUGUUGCCCAAUCUAAAUUUUAUGCAUUGAUCACUGAAGAUUUUCAAGCUUAUUAUGAAAAAUUAGAAGCUCUCGACAAAGAUAGAGAAGAAGAUUCAGAGUCUCCACUGGUAGAAUUCCUUACAAUCACAUAUUUUGAAGCUUUAUGGACAAAAUUCCAUUAUCCGAUUAUAAAAUUCUUUAGAUUUCAACAAGCUUCAAUUUAUAAUGAAAGUGUUCAAAAUCUUAAAGAUAAUAUUAAAAAUGAAAAGGAAGUUUCUUUAAAAUUGAAAACUGUUGAAGUUCGGAAAUUAAAUGAAAAUUUUAUAAAGUUUUCAGGUGAAGUUUAUAAAUUCUAUUUUAACCUUUUGAAAUAUUUUAUUACUGAAUAUGAAAAUCAAUUACUUCCAAAGAAAUUAUUUGAAAAAUUCGACCUUUCCGUUUCAGAAACUGCAAGAGAAUCCACCAAUGCAAAUGUCCAAGCAAACCUUGUUUAUCUUACGCAUAGAUGUGUGUUGUAUAUGGGUGAUUUAUCACGUCAUAGAUCAUUUAUUGAUGUAUCUUAUGUACAACCAUCUAUAUCAGCAAAUAAUUUCUGGAGAUUUAAAAGUAUCAUGCAAAGUCAAAACCCAGAGAAAAAGGCAGCUUUAUUACUUCCUCAUUUCAAAAGAGCAUUAGAAAACUAUCGUCUAUGUAUAUUAUUGUUACCAGCCCUUGGGGAACCAUACAAUCAUAUUGGUAUGAUUUAUAAUCAAGUGGAUGAUAAAUAUCAUGCUUGUUAUUGGUUCUUAAGAUCUUGUUCUACUAGAAUUCAAAAUUUUGAUAUUGGUCAAAAGAAUUUUAAAUCAGUUAUGAGUAAAGUUUUCUUCAUUAGUCAAAUGACCAAACAAUGGGAAUCUACAAUUUCGAAAGUGUCAUGUGACUCUUUGAAUACCAUGUUUAUGGUUAUUUUAGGAUAUUAUUAUCUUCCAUCAGUCUAUAGAUGGCCAUCCGAUGGAAAAAAUAUUACAAAAAGUAUUUCCUAUCACGAUGUUGAAACAAAAUUUUGGAAAUCUUUUGAUCCAAAAUUUUUAACAGAAGUUUUAUCAAAAUCUUCAUCAUGUGAAAUGGGAUCUGAAAAUAUCAUUCUUUCUCAAUUAAUUAUGUUAAUGUCAUUAACUGAAGUUAAUCCAGCAACUGCAAGUUUAUUUUCCCAAUUUAGAUUCCGUUAUAUCGUGAAAAUUUUAAAAUUUUUAUUAAGUAUUUAUCCACAAGAUGAAAGUACUAUUGAAAAUUCAAAUUUAAGGGCUAAUAUCUUUGUUAUUUAUCGUUUCAUAUAUGCAUGGCUCAGAGAAAAUGUGAAAACUAUGAAAUAUUUCAACAAGGAAGGUGGACAUUUUGCCAUCUUUGAUAUUUGGAAUACUCUUCUUGAAGAACUUAAAGUAUCUACCCCGAUGAAGGACAUCAAUAAAUUAUAUAGGAAUGAUGCCAAACCUCAAAGAUUCUAUUUUUUCAAGGAAGAUGUUAAUUUCAAAGAUUUUGCCCCGAUUAAAUUUCAAUUCAGAGACUUUCGUGAUGAACACUUAUUUCAUUCAAGAGAUAUCAAUAUUUUAAUGGGUGAUUAUUCCAGAUAUACACAAAAUGGCUUACCGUCAUUCAUUAGUUCUACUUUAGUUGACGAUUCCAUGGAUGACGAAGAGAAAAAACGAAUGAUUACAUUGGAACUUUUCAAGUAUGAAAACAAUUUACGAGUCAAAUCAAUUUUACUAUUGAGUAAGAAAUUAAUUGAUAUUGGACGAUCUGGAAUUGAAUGGAAUAAAGAUGAUUGUGUGUUUAUCAUUCCACCAUCAAUGUCAAGUCAAUUACGUGACUAUAAGAGAUCAGGAAUUUCACGCUCUGUUAACUCCAAAACACAAUCAUUGGGAAAUAUUAGUACCAAUAAUAGUCAAAAUGCUAAUACUGUUGUGAACACAAGAGCAUCUGGAUUGGGAACUGCUUUAAAAGGAGGUAAGGACUCAAAAAGACACGAUUCUGGUCAAGGAAAAUCUACAUCUCCAACCGCCACUAAGGUCAAUCUGGCAUCAAAGAUUACUAUUGCUUCCAAGGCAAACAAAGGUGUUUCAAUAGAAAAGAAAAUUUCUAAAGAAAAUGAUAUUAUUGCUAAAAAUAAUAAGAAUGAACUGAUUUCCAAUUCUAACAAUGGGAUUUCAAUUGCUGAACCUGUUUCUAAACAUGAAGUUUCAAUUGAUGAGGAAACCGUUAAACCAGAUAAACAUGCUGAAACUGUUGAGCUUGUUGAACCUGACAUUAAACCGAUUGUGCAACAAGAUAUUAAACCUGUACAAAUUUCUCCCAAAAAGUCACCAACUCAAACGAAGAAAAGUAAUGUUUUAGAUAAACCCGAGAAGAAAGUUAUCAUUCUUGACCGGGAAGAUAAACAUCAGACCUCUAAUGAAGAGCCAUUACAAGAGUCAAAGAAAUCUGAAAUUCCUGAAACUCUUCAAGAAAUUGAGUCAUUCAUCUUGGGCCAUACUAGUACUUUACACAAUGCAACGGUUGGGGGUCUGGUGGACUCGCCAGACACUGAUACCCAAAGACAAGUUGGAUUACAGUACAUGGUGGACUCAUUAUUUUUAGAAAACCGGGAUCUGUCACAAUUGCCGGAUGGUACAGACUCAUUUAUGAAGAUACCUUCAGUAUUCCCACAAGACCCACGUCAAUUACAUACACAAGACCAUUAUUCUCAAAACCCACAGCCAACGUUAUUCCAAAACAACAUGCCAACGCACACAGCAUUCACACAACAAGGGUUGUCACAAAAUGAAUUUAAUCCACAUUUCACUCCACAUCAAUAUCCUCAACCACAGAAUUUUCAGCCUACAUAUCAAAGCCAGGGACAAAUGUUACAAGCUCCACCACAAGGAAUGCCAUCUGGACAAUUUUAUCCAAAUUUUAUGGGGGUUCAGCAACAGCCUCAUCCACCUCAAAACAGUUCUCAAGCUCCUCCUUCUGGUGGAAUGUUUGGUAACAGUCAACCUGCAAAUAAUUAUGGUAAUGGCCAUAUUGGACCAACACAAUCAUUAUAUUUGCAACAACAAGCGAACUUAUCAUUUAAUAGAGCUCAACAGUCUACAAUGAAUAUGGGAACUCCACAAACUCAACAUGCUCCAAUGCAUAAUAAUAAUUUCCAAAACGUUCUACAACCUGGACAAUUCCCACCAUUCAUGCAACAACAGCCAUACUACACUGGACCACGUUAAUGAUACAAGAGAAAUCAAUUGAAAACAAAAAUCGAACUAAAGAUUUAGUAUUUUUGACACCUAUUUACAUCUUUUAAUUGAAAUAGAAUAAUGAAGAUACCAAAUUAAAUAUUAAGGAUAAGUACAUGUAAGGAUAGUUUUGCAAUAUACACUUUAAAGUUUAAAUUUUGUC